CAAUGUCCGAAUUCUAUUGGCAAAUAUACAAUAAUAGAAAAUUUCCGCUUUGUGAUUGGAUCACAAUCGGCUAGUAAAUACUACCUCAAGUGCGCCAAUUUUCGGCAAAAAUGUCGCGCCCGUGCAGUUCUUCUUAAGGAUACAAUGAGUUUGAGAUUACGGCACGAUAAUCAUAACCAUACAGCAGAUCAGCAAUGUUUUCCAUCUAAGAAAGGCACCAACCCACGGCACAUAAUUUAAGUGUAUACAUAUGUAUGUGAUUUCUGUACGUCUUCUAACUCAAAUCAAAUGCAAUAAAUUCAUAAUUUUCAUAAAAAUCUAUAAUUUUCCAGCUUCCCAUUAUUCGUGCAUUUAAUGUGGAUUUUUGUUUCUUUCUUUACUAAUGUGUUAUUUUUUAUAUUUCCAGCCGCAAAAGCACCUGUGCAGUACGUACGAUCACGUCGUGGCACUCAUUUAGUGCUACACGAAUACAACACUUACACCCCCAAUGAAAAGGUACGAGAUGGUCGCCACUCGCGAGACUGGAAGUGUUCCAUGUAUCAUAAAGCAAAAUGUCGCGCAAGACUUGUCACGCGACAUACUUCUAAGGGAGAUGUGAUCCAUAUAACCUCAGAUAACCACACACACAAACCAAUGUAUACAGCUGAAGACUUGAAACUGAUGCAGUCAUUGCAGACGCCAAUGAAUGAAGAAACUGAACCAUUAAUGGAGCGGCAUCGACCUGCACAAUCAUUGCAGUGUCUUCAUCCACUCCACCUACAACAAUUUCAACAGCUACAGCUACAAACACUUUAUCCGCAGUCUGCAGCUGAACCUAUUUUUCAGCCGCAAUUUAAUAAAUUCUUUCCUCGCCCGUUGUAAUAGAAUACUACAUAUAUGCUGCAAAUAGCACAGAUAAAUGGUACAAAAUAAAAAGCAAAUAGCACAGAUAAAUAGUACAAAAUAAAAAGCAGACAUAUUCUCAAAGUCACUCACUGUAGAUGUAAAUCAUGAAUUAAUCUUUUAAAAAAUAUAUACCUAUGAUGAUAUAUACCUAUAGUAUGCAAACACAUAAAGAAAAUUUAAUUAACCUAAACAAUUAACCUAUAGGCAAU